CAUGAUCAACAAACCCCACACUCAUACAUCCAUCUUGAGAUAUGGCUUAAGACCCUGAGGAGGACUUUAAGGUCUAUAUAAGUCGCAGAUAGUACCUGCUGAGAGGUCUUGAGCACCUAUGGUCAGGAGGCAAGCUUUCAUAGUAUCACAAACCCAACAAACUCGUUUCUGAAAAGCACCAGUGACAAAGUAUCAUUGCACCACCAAACCACUAUGUCGGCCAUCGAAAUCCAUGUUACCGAUCUCGCGGUCGCCGCCAAAUCGAUCCCAGAGAAUACGCCCGUCGUGAUGGUCAAUUUGAUCCGGUUCAAGACGGAGACCACCUACCCCAAGCACUCGGAUCAUUCUCCAACCAGUGGCAAAGAAGCCUACCUUGGACGUUAUGUUCCAGCAUGGGGUGCCAUUUCUGCAUCAGUGGCAGGCUCAGACGACGCGGUAAAGCCUUUGUUCCUGGGCACGCCACACGCAAGCCUUCUUGCUGGUCCAUUUGGUAAAGAGAUGUGGGACCUCGUGAGAGUGAUCGCAUACCCAAAUUUUGAAGCUUUUAAGAAGGUGCUGGAAAGCAAGCAGUACGAAGACACUGCUUUGCCUCACCGGCUGGCAUCGAUUGAGGAUUGGAGGCUGUAUGCGACAACUCAGUGGACGCUGUAGACCCAGGGAUAUUGACCCGGUGAAUGUGACCUCGGACAAGGUUGGGAUAUUGAGCAUCCGCAAGAAGCAGCUCCUCGCUUUCGCAGAUUUCCCUGAUUGAAUAGGGGAGCGCUGGCCACGAGAUAGCAGUGGCUUGGUCGCAAUUUUUUGUAGAACUUUGCUCAUCUCAUACUCCAUAUUCAUU